AUGGCGACAAAAAAUAAAAAAGGGCCAACUCAGUCCGAGUUAAUGGUGAAAGCAUGUAGUGAAAUCGUCAAAGAAUUAAUUAUUGCACAAGAGAAUUCAAGAGACAUUAAUCUAAAUGGGUUGAAAACUAAAUAUUCUCGAUUGAAUAAAUUGAAUAAUCAACCGAAAUUAGUUGAUAUCAUAGCAGCUAUACCUGAACAAUAUAAGCAGGCCUUAUUACCUAAACUUAAAGCUAAACCAGUUAGAACAGCUUCAGGAAUUGCGGUGGUGGCGGUUAUGUGUAAACCACAUAGAUGUCCACAUAUUGCGGUAACAGGGAAUGUUUGUGUAUAUUGUCCAGGAGGACCAGAUUCAGAUUUUGAAUAUUCAACGCAAUCUUAUACAGGUUAUGAACCAACUAGUAUGAGAGCAAUAAGAGCAAGGUAUGAUCCUUUGGAACAAGCAAGGGGAAGAGUUGACCAAUUGAAAAGUCUUGGACAUAACGUUGAUAAAGUUGAAUAUAUUAUCAUGGGUGGUACAUUUAUGUCAUUACCUGAAGAUUAUAGAAAUUGGUUUAUCGCUAAUUUACAUAAUGCAUUGUCUGGACAUAUGACAACUGAUGUCGAUGAAUCCGUGAGGUAUUCGGAACAAAGUAUGACGAAAUGUAUUGGGAUCACCAUUGAAACACGUCCUGAUUAUUGCCUUAAACCUCAUUUGAGUCAAAUGUUAAGAUAUGGAUGUACUCGAUUGGAGAUUGGAGUUCAAAGCGUAUAUGAGGAUGUUGCAAGAGAUACGAAUAGGGGUCAUACGGUUAAGGCGGUAACAGAAACAUUUCAAUUAGCAAAAGACACUGGAUAUAAAGUAGUUUCACAUAUGAUGCCCGAUUUACCGAAUGUUGGAAUGGAACGUGAUUUAGAACAAUUCAAAGAAUAUUUUGAAAGUCCAGCAUUUCGUACGGAUGGAUUGAAAAUAUAUCCAACCCUGGUCAUACGUGGAACCGGUUUAUAUGAAUUAUGGAGAACGGGAAGGUACAAGAAUUACACCCCAAAUGCAUUGGUUGAUUUAGUGGCAAGGAUAUUAGCUUUGGUUCCUCCGUGGACAAGAAUAUAUCGCGUUCAACGUGAUAUCCCAAUGCCUUUGGUUACUUCUGGUGUUGAACAUGGAAAUUUACGUGAAUUGGCAUUAAAUAGAAUGAAGGAUUUAGGUAUUGAAUGUAGAGACGUUAGAACGAGGGAAGUUGGUAUUGUUGACAUUCAUAAUAAAGUAAAACCUGAUGAGGUUGAGUUAAUAAGAAGAGAUUAUGUGGCAAAUGGUGGAUGGGAAACAUUUUUAUCUUAUGAAGAUCCGAAACAAGAUAUUUUGAUUAGUCUUUUAAGAUUACGAAAAUGUUCAUCAGCUACUUUUCGUCCAGAAUUAACCUCUUGUCCCACUUCUAUUGUUAGGGAGUUGCACGUGUAUGGUAGCGUUGUACCUAUGCAUAAUAGAGAUCCUACCAAAUUUCAACAUCAAGGGUAUGGUACUUUAUUAAUGGAGGAAGCCGAAAGGAUUGCUAAAUUUGAACAUGGUAGUUCGAAAUUAGCUGUUAUUAGCGGCGUCGGUGUAAGAAAAUAUUACUCAAAAUUAGGCUAUACUUUAGAAGGUCCUUACAUGUCAAAAAUGUUAAUUUAA